ACACUACCAAACACUACCAAACACUACCAAACACUACCAAACACUACCAACUAAACACAAACACUACCAACCAAACACUACUAACCAAACCAACUCGAUGCAAACACUCAAUAUCCUAACCUAUUCGGGCUUUAGUCCUCCCCCGACUGACAAACUCCUAAUUUCACAUAUCUUCCUCCCAGAUCCCCCCUCUAGAAAAACAGACGAUUUGUUCUCAUACUUCUUCAUCGUCGACUUUCUUUCUCUCCUCCCGUCGUCGCUCUCCUAAUCCUCGCCUCAACCUCCCCUUCAGAAGACGGUCCCCCUUUCGAUUCUCAUCCCGCGUCCCAACUUUCCGUUCCAGGUCGCACCAGACCGCACCCAACCCCAACGUUUCGCUGUUUUCACUUAUAAACGAGCAACUAUGAGUCUUCAUAAGGGCGAGACUGGCGAGACCCAGCUCGAGCACAACGCCGACCACGCCAAUGUCGAGAAGCCCAAGCGAGGCCGCUUGGGUGCUCUCAUCAGGAAGUACUGGUGGGCGCUCUUGAUCGUGUUUGCCAUCGUCGCGCUCGUUAUCAUUCUUCCUCUCGUCCUCGUCGGGUUCCCCCGCAUCAUCCAGGACAAGGUCAACAAGUCCACCCUGACCAUCGACGGCAUCGCCGUCACCAACACCAAGACGAACACCGUCCAGAUCUCCAUCAACUCCACCGUGUCCAGCUCCAACUCCAUCUCCGCCGUCAUCGACGGCUUCGACGCCAUCAUGUACCUCGAGGACAAGCUCCCGCACACCCCCAUCAUGACCCUGCGCAUGCCCGAGACCAAGACCGGCCUGGCCAUCGUCAACGUCACCCAGGAGAUCAACGGCACCGCCAACCAGCCCUUCAUCGACUUCAACUCGUGGUACCUCUGGAACUCGUCCCUCGCCGUGACCAUCGAGGGCGAGACGUUCGUGCACGUCAAGGGCCUCAAGGCCGCCAAGGUCUCCUUCAAGAAGACUGUCACCCUCACCGGCAUCAACGGCUUCAAGGGCCUCGAGGUCACCAAGGCCAACAUCGCCCUCAUCCCCGACUCCCGCGGCGACAACUUCAACGGCUACGCCAGCAUCCCCAACCCCUCCGUCCUGACCUUCGAGGUCGGCAACGCCACCUUCGCAAACUACUUUGAGAAGGCGAAGAUCGGAACCCUCUACAUCGACGACAUGUACAUCCGCCCGGGAAUCAACAACGUUUCCGUCCGCGCAAACAUCUCCCAGGUCCCUAUCAUCGAAGCACUCGGCAAGAAGCCGUACUGCACGGAUGGUGUCCUCCCCUUCGACCUCAUGGGCGAGAGCGUCAUCAACCACGGCCAGCCGCUGCCUUACUUCGCCGAGUCGCUCGCGCUGCACGCUCAGUCCACCUCGAUUGGUGUCGGAGAGGCGCUUCUCGAGUCCACCAAGACUAAGCUGUACAGCUGCCCUGCUUAAAUAUGCGAGUGCGCUGAGUUGAGUUGGGGAGAUGGUCGUGGUUGUUUUGUCAUGUCACGAAUAUGCGCUUGGGUCUUACUUUCAAGUUUGUUUAAUAUCGGGAUGUCUUUGUUGCAGUGCUGCCGUGGGGGGAGAGAGGAGGGGACUGUAGAUAGGAUUGAUAGGAUG